UGCAAUGGACAACCGGGCACUAAGAUCUAACCAUUUCUUAUGGGUUAUAUUACCCUUGUGCCUUCACUUGACAGGCUCAUCUCUUGCCAGUCCAACUGGACGCCCUGAAGCAACUUUAUCAAGCAGGACCUUCAGCACAUCUUUCAGUUCUCCCACUGGCCCAGUAUUUCCCACCAACCCAAUCUCCAGCAGCCCAACAGCUACUCAUCUCAACUCUAUCAAAACGAACAUCCCAACCACAGGAAUUUCCUCUGGUGUAUCUUCCCUCUCUGGUUCAAUCAGCUCAAUUUCCUCCCAUCCCAGUGUCCCUGGCUCAGUAUUGUCCACUCAUCCUGGCUUGACCAAUUCAAUACCCUUGAACCCAGGUUCAACCAACGUUCAAACAAGCAUCCCAACCUCAGGAAUUUCCUCUGGCCUAUCUGUCAACCCUGGUUCAAUCAACCCAAUUUCCUCCCAUCCCAGUGUCCCUGGCUCAGUAUUGUCUACUCAUCCCGGCUUGACCAAUUCAAUAUCUUUGAACCCAGGUUCCACCAACUUCCAAACAAGCAUCCCAACCUCAGGAAUUUCCUCUGGCCUAUCUGUCAACCCUGGUUCAAUCAACCCAAUUUCCUCCCAUCCCAGUGUCCCUGGCUCAGUAUUGUCCACUCAUUCCGGCUUGACCAAUUCAAUAUCUUUGAACCCAGGUUCCACCAACUUCCAAACAAGCAUCCCAACCUCAGGAAUUUCCUCUGGCCUAUCUGUCAACCCUGGUUCAAUCAACCCAAUUUCCUCCCAUCCCAGUGUCCCUGGCUCAGUAUUGUCCACUCAUUCCGGCUUGACCAAUUCAAUAUCUUUGAACCCAGGUUCCACCAACUUCCAAACAAGCAUCCCAACCUCAGGAAUUUCCUCUGGCCUAUCUGUCAACCCUGGUUCAAUCAACCCAAUUUCCUCCCAUCCCAGUGUCCCUGGCUCAGUAUUGUCUACUCAUCCCGGCUUGACCAAUUCAAUAUCUUUGAACCCAGGUUCCACCAACUUCCAAACAAGCAUCCCAACCUCAGGAAUUUCCUCUGGCCUAUCUGUCAACCCUGGUUCAAUCAACCCAAUUUCCUCCCAUCCCAGUGUCCCUGGCUCAGUAUUGUCCACUCAUUCCGGCUUGACCAAUUCAAUAUCUUUGAACCCAGGUUCCACCAACUUCCAAACAAGCAUCCCAACCUCAGGAAUUUCCUCUGGCCUAUCUGUCAACCCUGGUUCAAUCAGCUCAAUUUCCUCCCAUCCCAGUGUCCCUGGCUCAGUAUUGUCCACUCAUUCCGGCUUGACCAAUUCAAUACCCUUGAACCCAGGUUCAACCAACGUUCAAACAAGCAUCCCAACCUCAGGAAUUUCCUCUGGCCUAUCUGUCAACCCUGGUUCAAUCAACCCAAUUUCCUCCCAUCCCAGUGUCCCUGGCUCAGUAUUGUCCACUCAUUCCGGCUUGACCAAUUCAAUAUCUUUGAACCCAGGUUCCACCAACUUCCAAACAAGCAUCCCAACCUCAGGAAUUUCCUCUGGCCUAUCUGUCAACCCUGGUUCAAUCAACCCAAUUUCCUCCCAUCCCAGUGUCCCUGGCUCAGUAUUGUCUACUCAUCCCGGCUUGACCAAUUCAAUACCUUUGAACCCAGCUUCCACCAACUUCCAAACAAGCAUCCCGACAUCAGGAAUUUCUCCUGGUGUAUCUUCCAACUCUGGUUCCACUAACACAGGUUCAUCUUCUUACCCAAUUAGCAUUUCUACAAACAAUUCUCCAGUGAAUACUUUCACCACUCUUCCCACGUUACCUGGCUAUCCUUCCCAAACUUUAUCUGGCUCAAGCACCACCAUAUCUCCUUUGCCAGAGCCUACUUCCAGCAUUACAACUUUUACCAACUCACCUGGUGCUACUGAGUCCUCAGGUUCAGCACCCACAGGAUCCACAUCUAACAGCACAGGUUCCCUCAAACCUGGAGAUGAAGCUGGUCUCACAUAUUGGGUUAUUAUUCUGAUUUGCAUAGUCUGCGUCGGAGCUGUUCUUUUGAUGCUUUGCUUCAGUUUCUUGCUUUGUUAUUGUUUACGACAAGGGAACACCAGUCCUGUCUGCUUCCCUAUGUACCAGACCCACAACAGUCCCCAAACCUAUCAGAGUUCCUGUCGAUGAAGGAAACAAUCUUCUUGAUCUUAGCCUUACACCAAGUGACAAUAAGCUCCUUGAAACUGUUCCUGGUCUUCUUGAGAACUUCCUCUUCUUCAGGAUGGAACUGCUAUAGCCUUCCUCUUCUUUGGGUGACACCAUGGAAUAGUGAAGAUAGUUG